ACGAAUCGCACGCUCUCAGCGCUAUAUCCGGUCUUAUCCCCUCAGUCCGGAUUGCUCCGUCGCCGCCGAAUCGUGAGCAGUUUCGGGUUUCGUCGCUGUCGGUUUUCCGUCUCGGUUUCGGUCGCUUGAUCAGCGCUUUCUUGUCGUCUAUUGGCAAUCGUCUUGAUUGCCCUCGUGAUUGAUGGACUGCAGUUGCCCCGGCGCCUUCGGUCAGUGCAGUCUGUGCAGCGCUGAACUCUGACCUCGUUGAAAAUCAAAUCUAAAAUACAUAUAUCGCAAAUAAAGCGAACAAGCGAACUGAACAAUCUGAAAUUGUGCGCGCCUUUAUGGACGGACACUCGAACCCUCGGAAAAGGGAACUUUUUAUGACGGUCCCUUGACCAAUUCUAAAACCUACAAAAAAUCAUCAAUGAGUAUAAAGUCAACGGAAGAAUAUAUCAAAUAAAAAAGUUCAAUUUCGCCGGUUUACUUUUUUUGUUGUUGAUAUGUUACUGCGCCUCGCUCCCUUAGCUUUUUCGAUAUUUUUCGGUUAGCGUCUCGGCGUCGUGUGCGCGGGCUUCAUAAAUUAUACAAGAGCGCAUUUUGCGAACGACUUGCAAAUAAAUAAGCAUUUACGCUUUUAUUAUUGCCCGCCCGCGUGUGUAUGCGGCUGUGUGUGCGUGUGCAGUGUGUGUGCUGUGUUGCUCUUGAGUUUGAGCCUGAAUUUGAGCCAGAGUUCCCUGGAAAUCGCUCCCAUGUGGCGCAGGAAAUAAAAGCGUAGAAGGAGGAGGGUUCCACUUAAAAUAUCAUCUUCUGCAUACAAUCACCAUACAUAUACCUAUGAAUGUGCUCUCGGCUCGUCCAUAAAAAAUAUUUCGGAAACCGCUCUGAUUUGUGUGUGCUGAUAAGCCAGUGAUUGCCAGCCGUAAAACAGCGAGCCGUAGCCCGAACCCCGGGCCCCCUUGUAUAAAGACAUCACAAGCAGAAAAUGUCAAACGCGGCGUAUACUUAAUCUUGUCACAGGAGAGAGGGAGAAACGCACGGCAAGCAACAUGAACUGCCUUUGUCGCCCAUCACGGAUAAUGUCCGUGCGCAUUAAUUUGCUGGAUGAAACCGAGUUUAUACACGAGAUCAAGGAUGAUUUGCCGGGCCAGGCUCUGCUGGAUGUCGUCUUUGCCAGGCUCAAUUUAAUCGAGACCUCAUACUUCGGCAUACGCUACAUAGACGAGGAGAACCAGACGCAUUGGCUGGAUCCUGCCUCACGGAUAUCCCGACAACUGAAGCCCAAAUCGGAUCCUUAUGACUUGUACUUUGGCGUGAAGUUCUAUGCCGCCGAUCCUUGCAAGCUGCUGGAGGAGAUAACCAGGUAUCAACUUUUUCUCCAAGUCAAACAGGACGUUCUGCAGGGACGACUGCCAGUGGCCUUCGAGUUGGCCGCCGAGCUGGGCGCCUUUGUGGUGCAAUCCGAACUGGGUGACUACGAUCAGCGACGCCACUCGAAGGGCUAUGUGUCCGAGUUCCGGCUGCUGCCCAACCAGAGCAAUGAGCUGGAGACCCGCGUCUCGGAGCUACACCAGCAGCUCAAGGGGAUGUCGCCCUCGAGCGCCGAGCUAAACUAUCUGGACAAAGUCAAAUGGCACGACAUGUACGGCGUCGAUUUGCAUCCCGUUCUGGGCGAGGACAGUGUGGAGUACUUCCUGGGCCUGACUCCUAGCGGGAUUGUCGUCCUGCGCAACAAGACGACGGUGGCUCAUUACUAUUGGCCGCGCAUUGCCAAAGUUUAUUAUAAAGGACGCUAUUUUAUGCUCAGGAUAAGCGAUAAAAAUAACGAACUCAGCACCUACGGAUUCGAGACGCCGCGCAAGUCCGCCUGCAAGCACCUGUGGCGCUGCUGCGUCGAGCACCAUGCGUUCUUUAGGCAGGUGCGAGUGGCACCUUUGCCCAGCUCGCAGUCGCAUGCCACCGAUCUGUUUCAGCUGGGAUCGCGUUUCAGGCACAGUCGUCCGGACAAGUCCACGGAGAAGGAUGCACUGGCCGCCGGACGCUCCCCGCCCGCCUUCACCCGCACGCCCUCCAAGCGCCAGCCCAGGCGCGUGAUUGAUGACUUUUUUAACAGCAACGGCAACGGAAUCGGGAAUGGGAAUGGGAACGGGAAUGUAGGCGGCGGAACCGCCAACGGAGGAGCAGCAGGUGGAGGAGGCAUCCACAUGGGCAACAGGCCGCUGCCGCAGCCCGGACUGGGCACCAUCUCCAACAACUACGACAGCCCCUACCGCUCCACCUACAGCAUUCCCACCAGCCUGGGAAUCCGGCCCUGCCACCAGCAGCAGCAGCAGCAGCAGAACAACAACUCCAGCAGCUACAACAACAACAGCGGAAGCAACCUCCAGACCCCCGACUCGCCCAGGAGCACGAGAAGCGCCCCCUGGCCCCGGUCCCAGCAGAGAUCCCUCUUCGGCCACAACCCGUCGAGUCCGCGCUCCGUGAGAUCGGUCAGCACGGCGGGCGGCGGACUGCACCAUCACCACAGUCACCACAGCCAUGGCCAUGGCACUAGCCAUCAUCCGCACCAGCAUCAUCAUCAUCAGUCCUCCUCCUCGGCGGCGGCCAAUGGCUCCUCGUCGCACCACCAUCGCCAGCAGCGGGCCAGCUCCUCGUCCGCGUCGCACCAGCAGCAGCGGUAUCGCUCCAGCUCCGUAGAGAGUCACUCCUCCAAUGACUCGAGAUCGACAAGAAGACACAAGCACCGUCAUCGUCGCACCUCCGACAAUGAAAGUGAGCUCUCCAGAGGAUCGGGGCGCUCUGGCAGAUCAGGACGUUCGCAUCAUCGCAAACACCGAAGAUCGAACAGGCAUCGACGCGACUCCGCUGGAGGUUCCGACCAUGACAGCACCCGGGGACGCAGUUAUUCCGGCCAUCGCAGCUCCUCGAUGCGCAGCGGCAGUGCCGAGCUGAUUGACUCCACUUCCCAGUGGCGGGAAGUGCAGCGUCGCCAGGCGGAAGCCAGCCUGGGACAGAGCUCUGUCCAGCAGGCGGCGGUAUCCAAGAGCAGCAUGGUGGCCCGUAGCCUGCAUAGUAACGAUAGCCACUCGGACACGCACUCGCACCACAAGUCGCGAAGACAUCGCAAGAAUAAAUCUCCUUCGGAGUCUCGCAGUCGCAUGUGGAACAGCGAGCUAGCCAAGCAUCUGCAAUUCGAUUUGGUGGACACCGAGGGCAUGUCGGAGCAGCAGCUACGCGAGAUUCCCUAUACCGUGGUGGAGACCACCUCAAAACGGUCCAACUCCAACCUGAAGAUCCACAAGAGCAACAGCAAGAGCAGUGUGGGGGCCAAGAGCACGGGCUCCGGCAACACCAUCACCAAUGGCAGUGGUUCCGGCAAUACGGGACAGGCUAGGAAUCGCGUGGAUCGCAUUAGAGGACUUUACUAUCAAAGCUCGCAUCCGCACGAAGGCAACGGUGGAGGCGUGGGCAAUGGAGGUCAUGCACCCAAGAAUGGAUCCAUAAGGUCGGCCAGCACAAUAUCAUCGAGGGAGUGUGAAAGGAAUAAUGGUUUAGUUAGAAUGAUGUCCAGCAUGAGCAUGGGUGACUUUAUCUCACCCACUGGCUCAAAUCUGAGUCCUCUGGAGAAUUCCGCCCUGAGAGUUUCCCAUGAGCAUACAGAUUCGGGCCUUGGAGCAGAUCAGGAUUAUGCCUACUCCUCGGAAAGAUCCAGCGACAGCACUCGUUAUGGCACCAACAAGUCCUCGGGCGCCUCCAGCGGAUCGCACCGCAAGUCGGUGGGCAGCGGAGGAGGCGGUAAUGGAGGCGGCAACGGAAACGGAAACGGCGGUGGCUACAACAGCCUCAUGCAGCAGACCGUGAGUAACCAGCAGCAGCAGCAGCAGCGCUCGCUGUUCGCCCAGCAGCAGCGCCAGCAGCAGCAACAGAAGAGCCACUAUAAAUACGCCACCUCCUCGCCAUCCACGUCCACAUCCACUAACCCCGCGGGCCUGGCGCCCGUGCACAAUCCCCCUAGUGCCAACGCCAGUCCCAAUCCCAACACUAGCGCUACUAAUCCCCGCCUGCUCGCCUACACAACCUUCGAGAACAACCAGUACAAGUUCAGUUUGAACAACGCCCUGGCUAGGAGCUCGAAGGGCGUGCUGGGUGGAGCCGGUGGCAGCAGCAGCAAUCUCACCGGGAAUAUGGUAACAAGUGGUGGUGGUGGUACAGCUCCCGGAACAGGUGGUGGUGCUUUCAGUCGUCAGCGCAGCUUCGUGGAUUGGCCCAGCAAUCCGGCGUCGCCCUACUACUACCAGGGUCCCUCCACUCAGGUGGCGGGGGUCAAGAGGCGAGACGCCAAGUCGGACAUCGGGGUGCCCACGCGGCGGCUCUCCGGCCAGAGUGUGACCAAGACGCAGUUGCUCUCGGGCGGUGGCAAUGCUCAGCUGGCCAAUGCCGGCUGCUAUCCGUUACACUACGCCAGCAGCAGUGUCUCGGGAGCGGGCUACAAUCGUCAGCGGAUGGGCGGGGCGGGUUCCAUGCAGCCCGCCAAGUCGGACCUCUUUCUGUCCUACAUCCAUGGCGGGGAGUACGAGCGGCCGUACAUCUACAACUACAAGAUGCCGCAGAUGCCGGGCGGUGGAGGAGGGGGUCUUGGUUCGGGAACGGGUUCCCCUAAGCAUCCCACGGCCUAUCACAUCUCUGGCUCCCAGACCGCAGAUCCGCCGCCACCGCCAGCACCGCUAUAUGGCGGCACGGCGCCCGCCAACGAUGUCAUGUACUAUCAGUUCGACAAAGGAGCCGCCGCGCCAUCUUCGUCCACGUCCGCGUCGGCGUCUGCGCCCGCGCCCAUUGUCCAGCAGCCGCGUCAGUCGGGCGGUCCAUUAGUGUAUCUGCAGCAUGGCCAGAAUGCGUCCACGUCGAGUGUCAACGCGGUGCAGCAAACUAGCGCAAUUCCAAAGCCCCCCGACCACGCCCAUGCAGUAACAGCUGGCGGCACAGCCUGCCCCUCCAACCCGCCGCCCACAGCCUUCUGCAAACUUUGGCUGCAGCAGCAGCAACAGCAGCAGCAACACUCGCAGCAACAGCAGCAGCAGCAACAGCAACAGCAGCAGCAGCUCUACGAACAAGAGCAGGCUUGGCUCUAGAAAAGAAUAAACAACAUGUAAGUGGAAAGUUAAAUGGAAACUACAUGCGGGCCCUGGCAGAAAAGUAUGCUAUGGAAAGCAGCAGCCACACACGAGCAGCAACAUCAACAAGCAGAGCUGAGCAACAAUAAACAACAUUUAAAAGCCGGCGGGGCCAAAGUUGAGCUAAAAGUUUCGCAUUGCGUUGCGGGUUUGCAAAUUAAAUGCACAUUAUGCCAACAUGUAAAUAGAUAAUGUAGCGAGCCUCUCUCUCUCUGUGUAUAUAUACUUUAGUUCCGGGGUAUUUUUCGAGUUCGAGAAACUUAAUCAGCUAAGCAAAAAACCAGAAACGAGAAGUUAGCUUAAGACGCGAAUAAUCAAAAGCCAAAAAAGCAAAUGUAUCUCACAGAUAAACAACAGCAAUUGGGGGGCCGGGCUCCGGCUCUGGGCCAGAGCAUAAAAGCAAAAAUAAAUUGUGCGUUAAUGAUAAGCGGCGCACAUUUCAGCGGCAUAAAAUUUAUUAAAAUAUGCGCACAAGCCAGACACUGCCAAGGAAGCGAAGACUUGGGCCCGGCCCCCCGAAAAAGUAGGCAGCACAAACAUAUUUAUGCUCGCCAGGCACACGCACACACAAGGACACGCAGAUACGCAGAUACACAGAUACAAGGAAAUCGUUAGCGAUAAAUAUAAAAUUUUAUUGUUGUGCUUGUAUCCUGCAUAUCUGCCAUAGCCGUCGUGUGUGUGUGUGUGUUUGUGGGCCUGGAAGUAAAUUAAAUAUACGUUUUUAUUAACUACUAAGAACCAAUUUGAUACGCAUUUAAAUAAUGCCUCUUACACAAGAGCACACAGAAUUAUGUAAAAUUUAAUUUUACUGCCAGCAGCAGCAGCAGCAGCAGCAACGAGAAAAGCCAAAUAAAUGUAAUAGCCUACAUAUGUAUGUAAUUUAAAUAAAAUAUACUCUAAUAUGCAAAACUAUUUGUCUGUAGCCCCGAAAACUACUUACUUACUUAUGCCAACAACGUCCAACAAUUUCAAUAAUAUUUGUGUAAGCCUAGUUAAACAGCCACGCAAGCGGAGAACCUUUGACCAUAUAUAUUUUAAGCCCUAUUUAGCUUAGUUUAAUCAUUUGCAAGUAUUUUAAGUCCGUCCGUUUGUGGUCCUUCCUUCCUCUUGAAUUAUGUAAAUAUCGAAUUACCGGGCAGUCCCCAGUCCCCCUCUCCUCACUCUUGCUCUCUUUUAGCGACUUCAAUCAGAGUCAAAGGAAAUAUAAUAUUACUCAACGAUUUUGUGUGUGUUUGAAACGAAUACGGAAUGCAUAUGAAAUAUUAUCGAUUAAAAACACUUAUACAAUCUUAUGCAAAUUGGUGUAAACGAAGGGGAAACCUAAAUAUAUACGAUUAAUGUCUCUAACAAGAUUUUACAAUGAGUGUGUCACUUUUAUAUAAAUAUAUAUCUAAUAUAUACAAUAAAAUUACGAGUAAUAAAAAAUAAACAGCG